UGUAUGUAUUGUACAGUACUUGUUAAAAAAAAAAACACACAGAGAGACACGGUGAGUGUGUGAUAGAAGGAAGUUAGUAAGUUGUUAUUUUGAUUUGUUAAUUUUGGGAUGGAGAAGAAACACAGAUGCAAGCUCUGUUUCAGAAAAUUCGCGAACGGGAGAGCUCUAGGCGGGCACAUGAGAUCUCACAUGAUGAAGUUUUACGCAGAGGAUUCGCUGCCGUCGUCGCCGGUGAGAUCGAUCUCGGACACGACGCCGGAGGAACACGUGGCGCGCUGCCUGAUGAUGAUGUCAAGGGACACGUGGCACCGGAGAUAUGAGGAAGAAGGCGAACAGAAAGUAAUUGUGAAGAAUAAAUAUAGGUGCGAGGAAUGCAAGAAGCUGUUCCGGUCGUAUCAAGCAUUGGGCGGUCACAGAGCCAGUCACAAAAAGAUCAAAGUCGGCGGCGUUAAGAAUCACCAGUGCCCCUUCUGCCGCAGGAUUUUUCCGUCGGGGCAAGCGCUUGGCGGCCACAAGAGAUCGCAUUUCCUCCAGAAUUCGUCAAGAAUUUCUCAGGUUUUGAGCAUAGAUCUGAAUUUGCCGGCGCCGGUUGACGAUGAUGAAGGGACCCAAAUUGCGAUUUCAAUUUUGAGGUAAAAACUUAAAUGGAUGUAUGUUACUGUAAGUGUAACUACUAGCUGAAUUUUGCAUUAA